AUGAGGCUUCUCAGGCUAGCGCUCGGGUCCGCUGCCUUGGUCUCUGCUCAGUCGGGGGACCUGUCUUCCUACGUCCGGACCGAUACGGGCUCUAUCAAUGGAGGCAAUACGUUCCCCGGCGUGUCCUACCCGUUGGGCAUGGUCAAGCUGGGCCCAGAUCUCUACAACGGCGCAGACAGCUACUCGGGCUACCAGCCCAACGGCCACUUUAUCGGAUUCUCCAUGCUGCAUGAAUCCGGCACGGGUGGCGCUCCCAAGUACGGCGUCGUUUCACAGAUGCCCAUAGUGGGCGAUAUUUCGAACCCGCUAAAGGACAUGAUCGCUACCCGCGCGAGCCCCGAUGUGACUCGUGUCGGCUACUACCGAAGCUCUCUCGGCUCCGGCGUCACGGUGGAGCUCGCUGCGACCCGCAAGGCCGGCAUGUACAGCCACACCUUUCCAUCCUCGGCUCAGCCUCGAAACGUCGUGGUGGACGUUUCGCAUGUUCUGCCGUCGUUCCGUGGCCAGGGGCUGGGACAAAACUACCUGGGUGGUCGCAUAGAGGUCAAAAAUGCCGAGUCUGGGCGACCGAGCUAUCAAGGCUACGGAAUUUAUGACAAUGGAUGGAACCGAGCUGGACCUUGGAAAAUCUACUUUUGUGGUCGGUUCGAUAAUGAUGCGACCUUCAAAACCUUUGUCAGUGACGGGCUCACCAGCGACAACCUUGCAUUCUUUGGCCAAGAGACGAUUUACGAGUCCACCACUGCCAGAAUGGGUGCUGUUUUCACAUUCAGUGAUGCCCAGGUCGUAUCUCGGGUGGGAGUCUCGUUCAUGUCCGAGGGCCAGGCGUGCGAUAACGUCGACAGUGAGAUUGCAGAGGGAGCUUCCAUCGCUAGCCUCGAGGAGAACACAAGGGCCGCUUGGAAUGCAGAGGUCUUGUCAAAGGUCACCACCACCGACACCAACGAGACCAUGAAAACUCAGUUGUACACGGCGCUCUACUUUAUGAACUUGCUGCCCACCAACAAGACUGGAGAAAAUCCAUUGUGGGAGUCGAGUGAGCCUUAUUAUGAUGACGUUUUUACAUUUUGGGAUACGCACCGAUGCACCACGGCGCUCCUCCAUGUCCUCCAACCAACAGCCUACGAAGAGUUUAUCCGGUCCAUGAUCGACAUUUGGCGAAACGAGGGCUACGUCAGCGACGCACGAUCAUCCAACUGGAACGGAGCUGUCCAGGGCGGGAGCAACUGCGACAACGUCCUGGCCGAUGCAUACGUCAAGGGCGUACGGGGCGCCAUCAAUUGGGAGGACGGAUAUUCUGCCAUGGUCAAAAAUGCCGAAGUAACUCCUUCAAAAACCGACGGCGACGGCCGCGACCCGUCCGGUCAAGUCAAAGAGGGCCGAGGAGCACUGCCUGACUGGAAGGACCACGGGUUCAUCACCCCCAAAUUCACUCGGUCCGUCAGCCGCGCCGUGGAGUAUGCUACCAACGACUUUGCUCUACACCAGGUCGCCAAGGGUCUGGCCCGGAGUGGCGACGCAGACAAGUACAUGCAGCGAUCCCGCAACUGGCGCAACCACUGGAACCCCGACAUGAAAGCCCUCGGCCACUCGGGCUUUCUUGGACCGCGGGACCUCAACGGCUUCAUAUCCCAAGACCCCAUGAGCUGCGGCGGCUGCUACUGGGGCGACUACUACUACCAGGCUCUCCCGUGGGAGUACUCUUUCAAUGCCCAUCACGACAUCGCCCACAUGGUGACGCUCAUGGGCGGGCCGGAAAUGUUUGUCGACCGUCUCGAGAAGCUGUUCACCCCUGGCCUCUACGGCGGCAAUGCGCAGUUUGGCAACACCAUGUUCAACCCAGGGAACGAGCCGAGCUUCAACUCCCCCUACCUGUACAACUUUGUCAAUCGCCAGGACCUCUCCGUGCAGCGAAGUCGGUUCGUGGCCAAGUCCUACUACAGCCCGACGCCCGCGGGACUGCCGGGCAACAGCGACGCAGGGUCGAUGGAGUCGUGGCUGCUGUGGAACAUGAUCGGCUUGUACCCGAUAACGGGGCAGACGACCUUCUUGAUCGGUUCGCCCUGGUUCAAGGACCUGACCAUCGACGUCGGCGGCAACAACCUCACCAUCACGACGUCCGGCGGCUCCGAGUCGGCCUUUUACGUGCAGUCUCUCAAGGUCAACGGGCAAGACUGGGACAAGUCGUGGGUGACGUGGUCCGACGUCUUUGAGAACGGCGGCACGAUGGAGUUUGUACUGGGGAGCACGCCUCGCAACUGGACGACGGGGCCGCUUCCGCCCAGCCCAGCGAGCACUGGGCUGCUUGUGCCGUUUGAGUGA